AGUCUAAAAUGAGAAUAAUCAUCAACUAAAUUCAAUCUCUUUAAAAUGCUUUUCAAUUUCAUUACAUCUCUACUACGCGCCCAUAUAAACCGUAAAGUUCUAAUCUUUCUCCACAAUUUCUUCACUUCAAUUCACAAAAAGAUUCAAUCUUUAUGUCUAUUUACACCCAUGUCUCAACCCCAUCAAAUUUCCCCAUUUGAUCCACAAAAGCCCUCAAAGCCAAUCUCAUACCCAAUCAAAACUCUUGAAGAACUCAACUCUAGAGCUUACUUUGAAUCUUUUCACUACCCAUUUAAUAAAGCUUCUGUUUUGCUUCCAUUUUCAGCUGUUGAGUUGCCUCACAGGCCUAGGCUUCUGGUUUGCCAUGAUUUGCAGGGUGGCUAUGGUGAUGAUAAAUGGGUUCAAGGAGGGUUUAAUGGUGAUGCUUAUGGUGUUUGGCAUUGGCAUUUGAUUGAUGUUUUUGUUUAUUUUUCUCAUGCUUUGGUUAAUUUGCCUCCUCCUUGUUGGACUAAUGCAGCUCAUAAACAUGGUGUCAAGGAAAUGAAAAUAGCGUUAAUCUUUGUGGCUGAAUGUAAGGUGUUGGGGACUUUUCUCACAGAAUGGGAGGAAGGGAGACUUGUUUGCAAUAAACUGCUUGAAACAGAGGAGUCUGCUCGAAUGUAUGCUGAGCGACUGUCUGAACUCGCUAUAGCUUUGGGAUUUGAUGGAUGGCUGAUCAAUAUGGAGAUUAAUUUGGAUGUAGAGCAAAUUCCUAAUUUGAAGGAAUUUGUCAGUCAUCUAACCAAGAUUAUGCAUUCAUCAAUGCCUGGAUCUUUAGUAAUUUGGUAUGAUGCUGUUACGGUCCAUGGAAAACUCGAUUGGCAGGACCAACUAAAUGAAAACAAUAAGCCUUUCUUUGAUAUUUGUGAUGGCAUAUUCGUAAACUAUACAUGGAAGAAAAACUAUCCGGCUAUUUCAGCUGCUCUUGCUAGUGACAGAAAGUUUGAUGUCUACACAGGAAUAGACAUAUUCGGGAGGAAUACUUAUGGCGGGGGACAAUGGAAUACAAAAGUUGCACUUGAGGUGCUAAAGAAAGAAAGUGUUUCUGCUGCAAUAUUUGCUCCUGGCUGGGUUUAUGAGACUAAUCAACCACCUGAUUUUCGCACAGCUCAAAAUCGUUGGUGGGAACUUGUUGAACAGUCAUGGGGAAUGAUGAAGAAUCAUCUUAUAACACUACCAUUUUAUUCAAAUUUUGAUCAGGGUUAUGGUAAUCAUAUAUCAAUUGAGGGUAACCAAGUGACAGAAGGUCCUUGGAACAACUUAUCUUGCCAAGGGUUUCAGCCUUUCCUCGAGUUCAUUGAUGGACCAACUCCUGAACCUAUUCGAGUCCUUGUGGAUGUCAAAGAAGCAUCUUAUGAUGGAGGUGGAAAUAUCACAUUUCGAGGAUUUCUCGAUGAUGAUGCCCAUUUCACUAAAAAGAUCUUUCAGGGGAAGCUUAUUUUGGGAUAUCAAUCUCUCCAGCUUCAAUAUUCUGUAAAAUCCGAGGGAAAUUCAGUUCUGGGGCUUUCAUUUCAGUUCUCGUCUAACAAUAACGAGAAGACAUCUUUACUGAUUGCAUCCUCGAAUAUUAACCAUAUAUCUCAUAAAUUCACAGAAGUGAUCAUUGCAGAUCAAGUAAAAAAACCAGAAAUAGAUCCAGGGUGGGUCAUAUAUGAAGGUAGCAUUGCAAUGAAUGAUCGCACAUUAUCCGAGAUUCAUGCUGUAUGCUACAGACUGAAGCCUGAGCAUAGUAAAUUAAGAUUAGAAUCCGAUACAGAUCUCCAAGAAGACCCAUUAGUUAGGACACUGGCAGAGUAUUUUUCCGUUCUUGGUCACAUUGUAAUUAAAGAUCUCGCGAGGAACUCGUGCUUUUUUCCGUCCCGUUCAUGGCUGGUUGAAGGUCAAAAUAUCAAGUUCAGUUUCGAUUCUCAGGAAUCAAGGCUUGUUAGCUUGAAUAUUAUUUGGAAAUUGAAAAAUGGAAAUGAUUUCGCAUUCCCAAAGUACAAUAUCUAUGUAGAGGAACUGGAAAAACAAGUUGACGAAAAGUCGAACAAACGAGUAAAAGGCGCUUUUAAGUAUCUUGGAGUUGCACAAGUUCCAAUGUUUUAUGUUUCUGAUCUUUAUACUACUGCUGCUACUUAUAGUCUCAAAUUCAUUGUUCAAGCGUGUGAUCUUGACGGGACUUGCCAAAAGCUAGACGAUUCUCCAAAUUUUCGACUCGAUUUCGAAGGUCAGUAAAUUCUAUUGCUUAUGUAUCAUUGCUUAUAUAUUCUUGUUAAUGUUGUAUCAUGACAAUAAAUAUAUUCUGAUGAUAUGCUUUGAUCAGUGGAAUUGUUCUUGAUGUCAAUAUAAUAAAAUUUCUUUGUGUUCA